AUGAGAUGCAUAUUAUUUAAUAAUAUAGAUGAUUAUUUCGAUUGUAAUACCAGAAAUACUGGUAGUUCAUUUACUAUAAACUUAAACAAUAAUACUAUUUUCACUAUAGAUAAUAGCAAUAAAGCGCAAAGACAAUUUUAUGGAAUUAAAAAUAUAAAUAAUUCAAUAAAAUUACACUUUAUACAGUUCAUACAUUCACAUAGUGAAGUGUGUUAUGGAUACUGGUUAAAUACUUGUGAUUCUGCCACUCCUACUGAUUACGGGUUUAGGUAUAACAAAAAUACAGAAAAAUUUGAACCAUAUGAAAUUAUAGAGAAUACAUCAAAAGAGGACGGUAUGCAUGACGAAUAUUAUUAUGUAAAAAAAUAUUAUGGAUAUUUAGAUUAUAUGGUUAACUAUGUGGGCAAUAAUAAUAGUGAAAACAGUAGCGCAUGGGGAAAAGACACUUAUUUACUUAAUCAUAUCACUUGGAAGAAUUUAUGUUUCAUAUUAAAAAAGUAUCAAAAUAUUAGUACAUUUACAUGUGUACCUAAAUGGCUAUAUUGUGAUUCAUAUAUGUGCUCUAUUGAAGAAUACAAGAGGCUAGAAUCGAAAAUUGACUUACGUCAAACUUCAGCACACAAUAAAGCAACCAAAGGUUUAAAAAAUGAUGUUAACAACAAAGUAUAUCCUGGUACCGUUGAUUACACUUUGAUUAACUUUAAGUCAAAAGAUGCGAUACGAAAUAAAAUGGAAAUGUGUGAUUAUUUAGAUAAAUCUUAUUAUCUAAAAAAGCUUAUGAAUGUGGAUAAUAACAAUAAUUUGCUGGGUGAAUUUCAAAUUUGCUUCAUACACGUAAUUAUGCUAGGAAAUUAUGCUAGUAGUUUACAGUGGCAUAAUAUAAUAGAACUAAUAAUGAAAUCUAAAGAUGUGUUCGAUGGUAAUCUAAACUAUAUUACCAUGUUUUUAGAAAUAUUUAUGGUGCAACUAAAGAGUUUACCGCAAGAAUAUAAAGAGAAUUUAAUUAACAUUCAGUGCUUAAAGAAAUGUUUUAUAGAAAACGAAUAUAUUAAUGAAACUAUUAUCGGUAAUACUACUGGGAGCAAUAAAAUAGCAAGAUUUGAAUCUCUAAUUAACUUUCUAAGAAAUUAUAUAUCAGACAUAUUACAAGAGGAAGAAACUGACGAAUAUAGCGAUACCACUGAAAAAUUAAUAUGUAAUAAUAAUAAUAAUAAUGAGGAAUAUGAUGUGAUUCAAAUUUGGAAUGUAGAUAGUGAUGAUUCAGAUGAUGAAUACAAACCUACUGUAGUAUCGGGAGUGUAUCAUCAAUCAGUAUAA